AUGUAUGAUCAAAUGUAUUUGGAACUGCCUUUCACCACUGGAGAGCUUUAUGGAGAACUGAUAUUGAAAGGGCGAUGGUCGCUCGUCACAUUUUGGUGUAUGGGUCUACAGACUGUGUACUUCACAUUGUCCCUGCUGAACGAUCUCAUAGGAACAAACGAACUAUCGCCAUCACCGCAGAAGAAGCCAUUAAUCCGUACCAUCAAGGACCUGACCUUCGCUCUGGCUUUCCCCAUGGCUCUCUUCGUCACCAUAACCUUCUGGGCCCUCUAUUUCUACGAGAAGAACCUGGUUUACCCCGAUGAAAUAGACAUUUUGGUUCCCCAUUGGCAAGAUUCCAGAGUGGGCGAGAUGGUCAAUAUGGGUUUAUCUCGGCGCACCGAGGCUAAGUCGCGUGCAUCCAAGUUCAGCACGGAUCUGUGGUGA